AUGCUAUUGAAGGUUAUAUUUGAAAUAAAUAAACAAUUUAGUCUACCUGAUUCGAAUGGAUAUACCGGAAAAGAGAUUCUUGAUGUUAUAAAAGACAAGAAAUUUACAAAAGCUUUGACUAAAAUUGCUGGAUCAAUAGCGCCAUUCCUUGGUGCAUUGGGACCAUUCGUUAGUCUUAUUAUGGCCUUCAUUCCAAUGGGAGAUUCCGCAGAGUUAGCGUUCAUGAAAGAGAUGAUGAAAAAGAUUGACAACAGAUUCGAUCAAAUGGAUUCCCGCUUCGAUGACAUUGAACGCUUGGUUGAUUGGACAAAGGUAGCAGUGAACUUCGGGCAGAUUGAGCAAAGGAUCAUGGCGAUGGGUGAACAAUACAGGGAUCUCUAUACCAGUACAGCACCGGCUUCAAAUAAAAGCUACAUAUUCAUCAUGAACUAUGAAAACGAUUAUCAGAACAGUGGGUUAAAAUUAUAUCAGGCAAUAGUUAAUCCACAAGGCGAGUUUCAGGAGAAUCUUGGUCAAUCAAUCAUGCGCUACACCAAAAAUGACCGAAACAAGACGCAAGGGUUUCUUCUUGGUGUUAUGCGACUCAUAUUACAAGCAGUAAAGAUAGAAAUUGCCUAUUUGACUGUACUGUGCAGGGAUUCGAAACGAUUGCAAAAGAAAGGGCGGAUAAGUGGAAAGAAAGGAUUCUACAAGUGAAAUCUAUUUACGAGCAGAUGGACGAGGCUGUUAAAGAUAACUAUCAUGUCCAGUCGAAAAUUGAUAUCAAAAAGCUUGCUGUCGACAGUUAUGGGAUGGCUAACAAACAAUUUGCUAUUAACGUAUACAAAAUGUUAACGGAGAAAUAUUACUGGCGCAGCUGGUUUGUAGUUAUUUACGAUCCGAUAACUGGAUCGGGAGUGCAUCAGGUGAGCGCAUGUGAUGGACAUAUUCUAUUUCGAGAACAAGGACGAAAUAUUGUGGUUGCAAGCAUAAUUAAGAAUCAAAAUGG